CAGGAGCUGGAGGUGGGAGCAAUGACGUGCAGUGGUGCUUCUCACAGGUGAAGGGGGCCAUUGAUGACGACGUUGCCGAAGGACAAUGACCCAAAACAUACCUCCAGGCAGUGUAAGGGCUAUUUGACCAAGAGAGUGAUGGUGUGCUGCAUCAGUUGACCUGGCCUCUACAAUCACCAGACUUCAACCCAAUUGGGAUGAGUUGGACUGCAGUGAGGGGACAGCAUCCAUCAAGUGCUCAGCAUAUGUGGGAACUCCUUCAAAACUGUUGGAAAAGCAUUCAUCAUGAAGCUGGUUGCGAGAAUGCCAGGAGUGUGCAAAGGUGUCAUCAAGGCAAAGGCUGACAUCAUAUCUACUGUGGAGUUCAACCACUCAGGGGAGCUGCUAGCCACAGGAGACAAGGGUGGCAGGGUAGUCAUCUUUCAGCAGGAAAUAGAGAAUAAGAGUCAGCCACAGUGUCGUAGUGAGUACAAUGUUUACAGUACUUUCCAGAGCCAUGAGCCCGAGUUUGACUACUUGAAGAGUUUAGAGAUCGAGGAGAAGAUCAACAAAAUCCGCUGGCUGCCCCAGAAGAACGCAGCUCAGUUCCUGUUGUCCACAAACGACAAAACCAUAAAGUUGUGGAAGAUCAGUGAACGAGACAAGCGACCAGAGGGCUACAACCUGAAAGAGGAGGAUGGACGCUACAUAGACCCCAACACUGUCACUGCACUUCGAGUGCCUGUGUUUAGACCCAUGGACCUCAUGGUGGAGGCGAGCCCUCGCAGGGUGUUUGCCAACGCGCACACCUACCACAUCAACUCCAUCUCCAUAAACAGUGACCAUGAGACGUAUCUAUCUGCAGACGACCUGCGCAUCAAUCUCUGGCACCAGGAGAUCACAGACCGCAGCUUCAACAUUGUGGAUAUAAAGCCAGCCAACAUGGAGGAGCUGACAGAGGUGAUUACAGCAGCUGAGUUCCAUCCACACCAGUGCAAUACCUUUGUCUACAGCAGCAGCAAGGGCACCAUCCGCCUCUGUGACAUGAGGGCAUCUGCACUAUGUGACAUGCACUCCAAAUUGUUCGAAGAGCCGGAGGACCCCAGUAACCGCUCCUUCUUCUCUGAGAUAAUCUCUUCCAUCUCAGACGUCAAGUUCAGCCACAACGGGCGCUACAUGAUGACCCGGGACUACCUGUCUGUCAAGAUUUGGGACCUGAACAUGGAGAGCAGGCCCGUGGAGACGUACCAGGUUCACGAGUACCUCAGGAGUAAGCUGUGCUCGCUCUAUGAAAACGACUGCAUCUUUGACAAGUUUGAGUGCUGCUGGAACGGAAAUGACAGUGUGGUGAUGACGGGCUCAUACAACAACUUCUUCCGGAUGUUUGACCGGGGCCAGAGGCGGGACGUGACCCUGGAGGCGUCCCGGGAGGGCAGUAAGCCACAGCAGGUCCUGAAGCCCCGCAAGGUGUGUGCCGACGGGAAGCGGAAGAAGGAUGAGAUCAGUGUAGACAGCCUGGACUUCAACAAGAAAAUCCUCCACACUGCCUGGCACCCUCAGGACAACGUCAUCGCUGUGGCAACCACCAACAACCUCUACAUAUUCCAGGACAAAGUGAACUAGAUGUUUUCUGUGAAGGCAGACAUCCACUACCUUCAGCCUUUAAUUUUAGUCAAGAACAAAAUGUGUGACAACAUCGCCGUCAACAACAACUAACCUGUCAUUGGACAAAACAGACUUUGCCAUGUUUCCAGGUGUGGAAAACUGAAACCAUAUUCUUGCCCACCAUCAGCCUCUGUGGCACAGUGACGUGUCACUCACCAUGAUAUUGUUUUGGUGGUGAUGUGCCGAUCUGUGUGUCGGCUGCCCAGUAUUGCCCAGCCCCAGGGCAACAUGGGUAACUUGUUUAAUUUAUAUGAAUGUCUGACAAGCACACUUUCUUGGGGGGGUUAUAGAAAAACCAACACUGAGAAUCAUCCCUGCCCCUUCAGCAGCACCUCUCAUUGUCUGGUGCGAUAGUCAUGUUUUUUUUAGUAGUCAACUGCCAAACUGUUCUGUUUUAAUUCGAUUACAAGAACUGGUAUUCUGUUUCUAUUGUUUCUCAUACCACAUACUUCUCCAAGAGCCUCCAUCUCUUACUUACACACAAAUAUUCAGACACACAUUUAUCAAAGAGCCGAGCUGCUAUUGGUGUACUGCUGCACCUCAGAGGAACAGUCUAAAACAUCUACUGAAAGCAUGUUGUAUGUAGUAUGACUGGUCCUAUGCUACAUGACCAAAAGUAUGUGGACACCUGCUUUUCAAACUUUUCAUUCCAAAAUCAUGGGCAUUAAUAUGGAGUUGGUGCUAUAACGGCCUCCUCUCUUCUGGGAAGGCUUUCCACUAGAUGUUGGAACAUUGCUACAAGGACUUGCUUUCAUUCAGCCACGAGCAUUAGUGAGGUUGGGCACUGAUGUAGGCUGAUUUUCUGAUGUUUGAUGAUGUUGAGCUCGGCUCUGCUUGCCUGUCAAGUUUUUUUUUCUCGCCGAUCUCGACAAACCGCCAGCAUGGGGGCAUAGUCAUGCUCAAACAGAAUAGGGCCUUCCACAACUGUUGCCACAUGUUGGACGCACAGAAUCGUCUUGAAUGUCAUUAUGCUGUAGCGUUAAGUUUUCCCUUCACUGGAACUAAGAGGCCUAGCCCGAACCAUGAAAACAGCCCCAACCCAGUUAUUCCUCCACCACCAAACUUUACAGUUGGCAUUAUGCGUUAGGGCAGGUAACAUUCUCCUGGUAUCUGCCAAACCCAGGGUCGUCCAUCGGACUGCCAGCUGGUGAUGCGUGAUUCAUACUCCAGAGAACACGUUUCCAUCGUCCAAAGGUGGCAAGCUUUACACCACUCCAGCAUUGCACAUGGUGUUCUUAGGCUUGUGUGCAGCUGCUCGGCCAUGGAAACCCAUUUCAUGAAGCUCCCGACAAACAGUUAUUGUGCUGACGUUGCUUUCAGACACAGUUUGGAACUCAUGAGUGUUGCAACCAAGGACAUACGAUGUUUACGUGCUUCAGCACUCGGCGAUACCGUUCUGUGAGCUUGUGUGGCCUGCCACUUCGCGGCUGAACCGUUGUUGCUCCUAGACGUUUCCACUUCACAAUAACAGCACUUACAGUUGACUGGGGCAUCUCGAGCAUGGCAGAAAUUUGACAAACUGACUUGUUGAGAAGGUGGCAUCCUAUGAUGGUGCCACGUUGAAAAUCACUGAGCUCUUCAGUAAAGUCAUUCUACUGCCAUUGUUUGUCUAUGGAGAUUUGCUCGCUGUGUGCUCGAUUUUAAAAUACCCGUCAGCAAAGGCUGUGGCUGAAAUAGGCAAAUUCACUUAUUUGGAAAGAGGUCCACAUUUUGUGUGUGUGUGUGUGUCUGCACACACUACUAGCUCCACAACCAGUCUGUCUGGCCCAGUGAGGACUCCUUAUAACUGCUUGGGAGAGACUUUACUGAGUCUGGUAACCAGGGAGUUCUUGCUGUGUCUCUUUAAAAAUAAAUAAAAAAUUAUUGGUUUUCUGUUGUCAAAGAGACAGACAUUCUGAGAUUUGUCAUAUUUAUAAAUGGAACAAAUGUAAUAUCCGUUUUAUUAGUUUUCUUUAAGGUGAAGUGACAUCUCUUGAAGAUGUAUUUUAUAUUGUCGGGAGUAUCCCCUUUUCAUACCUCGCUUAAUGAUCUUUCUAUUGCAGAAAAGCAAUACUUCAUUAUAAGAAAACCUCAGUCAUUCCAAGUGCUAUACAGUGUCAUACUUGAUCUGUGUCAUAGUACUCCCAAUAUUAUACAUAUAAUUACAUAGUGAAACGCUAAAGAUGUGUGUAGCAUUUCAUGAAGAACUGCCAUGAAAGAGGCAAUGUUAAAAAAAAAAUGUAUCUGAAUCGGAGUGAAGUGGAACUCACCAAGACCAUGCUCUAUGAUUUUGCUCGUCAACUUAUGUCUACACACAGUGCAAUUUGACAGUUGAAAUCAUGAUACCUCCAAUCAUGUUUGACAAUAAUUACAAAUAUAAUUCAGCUGUUGUAAGUCUAUAGUGACAAUGACAGGAAUAAAGUACUUUAUUUUAAUUUUA